UGAUUUUUCAAGCGCUUUUCGCAAUUUCUUUGUGAUAUUUAUAAUGUAAUGAGAACUUUGUUGCUUAUUUCCUUUCCAGGUGAUAAGAAGGGACUAUUACAGUUGGGGAAGAAAAAGGGCCAAGCAUUUGAAGGAUUUUUGACAUAAGAUCUGGCGGUAUUACCGAAGUUGCAACUAGCAACACAAUGAAAACAACCAGUAGAGAAAAUGCUUCGAAAACUUUUCUAUCACGCGGAAGGAGACCAAGGACCAAGAAGACUCCAUUCUCUCAAUCUAAUAGGUCUUCAAUUGAAAAAGAUAAGUGCACCUUAGAGAAGUAUGACUUGAUUGAUUUCAAGUGGACUGAUGAAAUUCCAGGAUGUCCUGUCUUUUUUCCUUCAAAUGAGGAGUUUGAGGAUCCUUUCAGUUAUCUGCGGAAAAUCUCUGCAGAAGCUUCUGAGUAUGGAAUUUGCAAGAUUGUAUCACCUCUAAAGGCUUCUGUUCAAGCUUCUGAGGUACUAAGGGACUUCAAAUUUCAAACUUAUGUGCAGCCACUUCGGCUUGCUGAGUGGGAUGUGGAUGACAAGGUCACUUUCUCAGUAGGAGCAAGAAAUCAUACCUUCGAUACUUUUAAGAGGAUGGCAGAGGAAGAUUUUGUCCGCAGAUUCCCCGGUUCGGAAGAUGUUUCUCCUGAAUAUGUGGAGAAGAAAUUUUGGCUUGAAAUGUCCAGUGGAAAGGAAGAAGCAGUAGAGUAUGCAGUCAAUGUUGAUGGUAGUGCCUUUUCUAUUGAUCCUGAUGAUGGGCUAGGAGCAAGCAAAUGGAACUUAAAGAUCCUGCCUAGGCUGCCCAAUUCCAUAUUACAUUUGGUUGAACAUGAAAUUCCUGGAAUAACAUUUCCUAUGCUUUAUAUUGGAAUGCUAUUUAGUAUGUUUGCAUGGCAUGUAGAAGAUCACUACUUGUACAGCAUGAAUUAUCAUCACACUGGCGCUCCGAAAACAUGGUAUAGUGUUCCUGGUCAUGCAGCUCUACAAUUUGAAAAAGUAGUACUAGAUCAUGUGUAUGCUCAUAACAUGUUAUCAACUGAUAAUGAGGAUGGAGUUUUUAAAGAACUCGCUGAGAAAACAACAAUGUUCCCGCCAAGUAUCUUGCUACAACAUGGUGUUCCAGUUUACAAGGCUGUGCAGAUGCCAGGGGAGUUUGUUGUCACCUUUCCCAGAGCAUACCAUGCUGGGUUUAGUAAUGGUUUCAGUUGUGGGGAGGCGGUAAACUUUGCAGUUGGUGAUUGGUUUCCGUUUGGGGCACUGGCUAGCAAGCUAUAUGCUCGUAUUGGCAUGAUGGCAAUCCUUCCAUGUGAGGAAAUCCUAUGUAAAGAAAUAGCUCGUCUUUUGACACAUGAAGAAUUUGGUUGCUCAUCUGCAGAAAUGGCCUCUAGUAAAUCUGUAAAGUCUUUCUUCAUACAACACAUGCGGAUUUUCAAUAAUUCUUUUUGGCAGCUAGUGAAUAAUGUGGAAAAUACGAGAGAUUCAUCAAUGCUGUUACCAAAUUCUCAUGGAACUGUUAUUUGCCGCACCUGUAAACGUGACUGUUACCUGGCUUUCCUGGAGUGUAAUCAGUGCUAUAAUCUCCUCUGUCAUUUUCAUGAUAUUAAGUCUCUUGCUUGUGCAUGUGGAGGCAAAAUUAUUCUAUUUAUAAGGGAAAAUAUAUGGGAUAUGGAAGACUUGGCCCGGAGAUUGGAAAAAGAUGGGAUGUUUCAAAAGGCUCAAAACGAGGCAAAGCGUGGCAACAAUGUCGGCCUGCCGACAAAUGCAACGGUCUCUUGCAUUAAAAGUGAACCCAUUCCAACUAGCAAGAACAUGGACCAUGAAUGGCGAGGAAUUGUUAAAAGAACUAUUACAUCUACUAAGGAAACAGCAGAGAUUAAAGUGAGGGGAGAAGAUGAUAAUGGUGAUUUUGACAUGGUAAAGCCUGAUUCCACAGGAUUAUUGCCCUUCUUGAUGAGUGGUUGCAAAAGGGCCAGAACGGGGUGCAAAUUGCAGAAGACUCCAACAAAAUUCGGCAAGUCUGCCUCUGAAGUGCCUUCAAGUGCUUGACAGUGAAAAUUUUGCUUUGGAUUAAUUCUAACAACAAAGGAAGCCAUCUUUUAAUUCCAAUAAUUGUUAUUAAGCUUUAGGAAAUUAGUAGUAUGUUUAGAUUCAUUAUACAAUGAUUUUACAAAAUUAAUCAACCUUCAUAUGGUUGAAUACUACAUUGUAUACAGAUUAUUCCAUUGGCAAUUGUAGUCAUUUUUAUUUCUCUUGGUUUAGUAAAUGAGCUGUCAUGCCAACUUUCAGUUUCAUUAGAACCAAAUGAAAUUGUUGUAUGGUCAUUA